GAACAAGGAAGGGGAGGUGACUAGAGAGCUGGAGACCCUGGGGGUGUGGUGAUCGGGAGUCUAGGCGACGGGGCUGGAAGGAGCUGGAAGGUGGCAGGAGGGGGCCGGACCAGAGCCAGCAGGAGGGCCGGGCCCGGAGGCCCCCACCCUGGCGUACCCGCCUCGGCCGCUUCUGAGGAGGACGAUGAUCUCCAGAUACAUUCGGAAGGCGCCGCCACAGAGCUUGGAGCUGAAAGGUGUAACAAAACAUGCUCUCAAUCAUCAUCCCCUUCCAGAGAGGCUAGAUGAAAUUUCCUCCACCAUCGAUAGCCAUGAAAAAGAUACAAGUUCUCAAAGUGAGUCUGACAUCACACAAGAAUCACCUUUUACAUCGGCAGAUACUGUGAACUCAAGAUCUGCUUUUCCAAGUUAUACAGGCACAGGGAUCUCCACUGAAGGCAGCUCGGACUUCUCCUGGGGAUAUGGUGAACUAGAUCAAGAUGCAACUGAAAAAGUCCAGGCAAUGUUCAGUGCCAUUGAUGAGCUCUUGUAUGAGCAGAAGUUGAGUGUACAUACAAAGAGUUUACAAGAAGAGUGCCAACAGUGGACAUCUAGCUUUCCUCACCUCAGGAUUCUGGGUAGGCAGAUAAUCACUACAAGUGAAGGCUAUGGAUUGUAUCCUAUGACCCCUUCUGCUGCUUCAGCUUCACAUGAAGCAAACUUGCCUCAAGAAAGAGACUCUACUAUAUUUGGUAUAAGAGGCAAAAAGUUACAUUUUUCAUCUUCUUAUGCUCAUAAAGUACCUUCUGUUGCCAAAUCUCCUAGCUUGUGUUCUAUGGAAAGAGAAGAGGAAGACUGUGUAAUCCUCUCGGAAGGAAUAAUAGAGGAAUACCUAGCAUUCGACCAUACAGAUAUGGAAGAGGGGUUUCAUGGAAAGAAAUCUGAAGUGGCUCCAGAGAAACAGAAAUUAGGGUACCCUCCCAUUGCUCCAUUUAACUGCAUGAAAGAAGAUGUUCUUGCUUAUGUGUUUGACAAUGUGUGGAGCAAGGUCCUGGGCUGUAUGGAGGAGUUGAUACGUAGUCACUGGGAGGGCUUUGCUUCUGAUGAUGAGAGUAAUGUGACAAUCACCAGACCGGAUUCAGGAAGCUCCUGUAUGCUGAGUGAACAACAGCCUUUGGUUUUACCUCGAGUGCCACAGUCUAAAGUGCUAUCCAUCACCUCCAAUCCGAUGAGUCUCUGUCAAGGAACAAGUAGUCAUCAGCCAAAUGCAAAUGGUCUCUUGGUUCAUGGGAUGCCUCUACAGCCAAGAAAUCUCUCCCUAAUGGACAAGCUCCUAGAUCUUGAUGACAAACUACUUAUGAGGCCUGGGUCCAGUACCUUCCUUUCAACCCAAAAUUGGCAAAAUCGAGCCCUGGAGCUUAGUACAUCAUCUCUGUCAUAUACAGUGCAGUCUGCCAGGAGACGAAACCCUCCACCACGUACCCUUCAUCCCAUCAGCACAAGCCAUUCACAUGCAGGAACACCAAGACCUGUGGAAGAAAUCUUCAGAGGAACCCGAGUCCCAGUGGCAGCCUCUUCCUCACCAAUGCCCCUGAGUCGAAAUAAUCUGCUGCCACCUAUUGGCACCGCAGAGGUGGAACACCUGGGCACUGUGGGGUCACAAAGGCAAACGAAACCCCAUGGCGAUUCCAGUCGGGCUUGGAGCGCAGUGGUGGACGAACCUAAGCAUCAGCAGCCCCAGGAGAGGCUCCUUUUACCAGACUUUUUCUCCAGGCCCAACACAACUCAGUCAUUUUUGCCAGAUACACAGUGUCAUCGUUCAUGCACCAUUGACUGUCCUCAUCAGGCCCGACCUGGAAGGGGAUCGACAGGUCCUCAGGUGCAUGGAUCUACAAAAUUGCAAAGCAGAGGUGGACCAGUCUCUAAAACCAGGCAUGGACCAUAGGGCAAAUGAGAAAAACCUGGUAUCAGGCUGAAGAGAACAUGUUUGAAGACUUCAUGAACCAGUGUUCAGUCAUCUUACGGUACAGAGCUUGUCUACAAGAAACAACUUCAAACUAUCUUCAUGAAGAGUUUUUUGGUACAACUGACUGAUAAAAACAGAACAGAUUAUCUGCCAAAGAGUACAUGGGUAUUGUUUCUAUCUCUAUUAUUUCAGCAUAAGUUAACCUAUUCCACUGGACAGGAAAGUUCGUACGCAAAGAUGGAACAAUGAAUAAUUACCUGAAAUCACUGCUCCUGUUGUCUGUCAACAAUGAUCGGUUCAAUUAUUAUAAGAUUCUUUGAAGCUAUACAUACACAAGAAAACAGCAAAUGACUGAUAACAUUAUCAUUGGCUUCAGAAUGCUUCUGCUUGUAUCAAUUUUUGGAGAGUGGUAUUCAGUUUUAAUUUUAAGUCAAGUCAUUUUUAGGAGAUACUGCUGUCAAAAAUCUGAGCUACUUAACAAAUAGAUGUCACUAUAAAGCUUUGUGUUUAGAUGUCCAAUCCUGUAGGAAGAUAGAUGUCAACAUGGAAGGAGUGAGUAACCAAAGACAUAUAAAUGCUGACAUCAAUGUAAAAUAACGUAUGUAAUAAAUUAUAUUGCUUAUUUUUUUCAGAUAGAAUAGCUCAACGUUACAUUGCCUGGUUGGUGUCAGGCUAUGCAUAUUUUUUUGCUUCAAAUAUCUUACUGGUUAUAUUUUUCCCAAAUAUUGAACUCAUCUUGCCAAAUUUUCUCCUGCAGCACUAAGAAAGUAAAAAAUACUUUGUAGAAUCUUGCUAAUAAGCCAGCAAGAUAGAUUCUUUAAAUUUUAAGAACCCUGGCAAUUAGUCCAGUAUAAACAUAUCCCAUAAUAAAUGGCUUUUGAUGUCAGUAAGAAUGGCAGAAGUAGAGUGCUUUGGUACUCUUCUGAUUUUACCACAGGCCUUUUCCUGAGGGCACUCAUGAAUGUAGCAUGACUUUAACUACGGCUUAAAUUUGUACACUAUUCAAUUUCAUUGAAUAUUAAUUUUGUUAUCAUACUGGAUUUCAAGCUUACUGUUAUCUUUAGAGUACAUAAAUUCAAGUGAUCAUAAAUUGGGACAAUGUUUUCAUUAUAUCAAGGUAUUCUAAUGCUAUCACAUGGAAAAGACAGAUGCUUCAAACAACCUGCAUUAAAUUAUAUUUUUAAUAAAGAGUAUUUUUUA